UAUAAGUUAUGGAUAAUGUUAUAUGUUCAAUAAUAAAAAAAAAGAUAGGCUGAUUCGUUGAAAACUUCAUCGAGUUGAGCUCUAAUAGAUCAUAUAAUUUCCAUUUGAAAAUUUAGUUACCGAGCAACAAUCAAGAGGAUUGUUUCGACUAUAUUAAAUUAAAUUAAGAUUUAAAUUUAAAAUGAGACAAUAUUUUUUAAAACUUUUAAAUAUAUUUUCCAUCCUGUGGAUACCGAUUGUGGUACCACUAAGUUUAUUACUGGAAGUUUAUAAGAAACUUUUUAGAUGUAAAAGUAUUAAAAGCAUUGAUGGUGAUAUAGCAGUGGUCACUGGCGGAGGAGGUGGUCUUGGUAGAGCAAUUUCCAUGGAACUCGCCAAACAUGGUUGCCAUGUUGCAGUCGUCGAUGUUAACUAUGAGGAAGCACAAAAAACAGUUCAAUUAAUCAAUGAAAAUUAUAAAGUGUACACAAAAGCUUAUAAGGUCGAUAUUACCAAUUAUGAUGAAAUAGUGGAACUAAAUAAAAAUAUUACCAGUGAUCUAGGCAAAGCUACUAUAUUAAUCAACAAUGCGGGCAUUUUAUACUUUUCAGAUAUCCUUGAACCCGAACCGAGUGAAGUACAGAGAAUGAUUAAUGUUAAUUUCACAUCACAUUUUUGGACAAAUCGUGUUUUUCUAGAGAACAUGAAAGAAUUGGGUAAAGGUCAUAUUGUUGCUAUAUCGUCUGUGGCAGGUCUGAAUCCUCUGCCUUUCUUCUCUGUAUAUGCUGGUACAAAACAUGCAGUUCGUGGCUUAAUGCGCACUUUGAGGAUUGAAUUAAAAAUGGAUGCGAAUUGUAGUGGUAUAAGAACCACAAUAGUCUAUCCAACACCAUUAGAUACGAACUCAGUUGCAUUAGAUAUAAUAAGAAAGCUGAAACUUAAUAGAUUAUUUGGUGUGCAGACUGGAGAUGCAAUGGCUAAACGCAUUAUUCAAGGCAUGCUUCGAAAUGAGGUGGAAAUAACACGUCCAGAUGAACGUUUAUUCUUCAUAAAGUGUACAGAGUUUUGGCCAACGGAAUUAUAUGAUUGGGUUACGGCGAAUAUUUUUUUUGGACAUUUAAAAAAAUAGAUCAGAAGAUAAGAAUUAAAACUUCUAUCAAAUUAAAGUUAAUAUUGUGUGAAAUUAUUAAGUAGAUAGUUUUAACAGACAUCGUUACUUAACAAUCAAAUUUAAUUUAAUUAUUGUAGUUGCAUAAACGGUUUUUAUAAGGGUUGAAUGAAUUUAUAUAAUGACGGACAUGGUAACCACGAUAUAGAUAUGCAUGUAUAGAUACAUAUGCUAUAUAAAGCAAUUAAUUCAGCUAAUUUUCAAUAAAAAAAAAGACCUACAAAUAUAAAUCAA